CAUUCAACAACAACUGUUGUUUCAUCGCUCCAUGAAUUAAUCUUCUUUCUUUUCACCUAUGGAUUUGUAAAUGGUGGUCUUCAGCCAUUUCCGCCACCUUUAGCCAUAUUGUUAAUGGGAGGAACCGCUCGUGUCGUUCCCGUAUUUGGAAUAUAGACUGAUCGCGCGCAAACCGAAACUCUGUGGUCAAAAGCCUGACAACAAAAGGACAAUACAUAUAAAUCUGGAUAUAUUGACAUCUGCACAAGGAUUGUUCAGGCACUGGAUCGGCUCUCAGUGCAUGUGCUCCUCCUCCGCCCAUCCCCAGCACCCCCUUACACUGCUAUGCCCCCCACCCCAUCCUCUCAGCACCUCCAGAGGAAGCACUGCCCGCCCCAGUAGGAAUGCCUGCUCGGGCCUGGCACCUGCCUCUGCCCGCCGCUGCUCCCGCACCUUGCAUCAUUCCAUCCCCCACCAGCUCUAGCAGGCUGCUCCACCAUGAACGAUGAGGUCAUCAGCACUAAUGCACUGGCCUGGCUGGUCUGCUCAGGAGUGUCCAUCCUGGCCAACGCCUGGGGCAUCCUGAGCGUGAGCGCCAAGCAGAAGAAGUGGAAGCCGUUGGAGUUCCUAAUUUGCACUCUGGCCGGCACGCACAUCCUCAACAUGGGCAUUCCCGUUACCAUGUAUUGCGUCAUUCAGCUGCGCCGACAGCACUCCAACUAUGAGUGGAACGAAGGACUAUGCAAGGUCUUCGUCUCAACCUUUUACACCCUCACCCUGGUAACCUGCUUCUCCGUCACCUCCCUAUCCUAUCACCGCAUGUGGAUGGUCCGAUGGCCUGUCAAUUAUAGGCUGAGCAACACCAAGAAGCAGGCCAUCCAUACGGUCAUGGGCAUCUGGAUGGUCUCGUUCAUUCUGUCUACACUGCCUGCUGUGGGCUGGCAUGAUACCACUGAACGCUUCUACACCCACGACAAUUGCCGCUUCAUUGUGACCGAGAUCGGCCUAGGCUUCGGCGUCUGCUUCUUGCUGCUGAUCAGUGGGAGUGUGGUGAUGGGUGUCAUCUGCAUUGGCAUUGCCCUCUUCCAGACCUUCUCAAUUCAGAUGGGCCAAAACGUGGACAAGAACAAAUUUAAUGUGCCCACCAUUGUAGUGGAGGAUGCCCAGGGCAAGAGACGUUCAUCCAUUGAUGGCUCAGAGCCAGUCAAGACUUCGCUGCAGAUUACUUAUCUAAUCAGUGGAAUAGUCUUCAUAUACGACUUUCUAACUGGGUUCCCCAUAUUGGUGGUGAGCUUUGCAAGCUUGAAAUUUGACCGCUCCUACAGCUGGAUGGUGCUGUGUGUACUGUGGUGCUCUAUAGCUCAAUCCAUCCUCCUCCCUAUGUUCCUGUGGGCUUGUGACCGAUACAGGGCAGACGUCAAGAUGGUCUGGGAGAAAUGUGUGGCCAUCAUGUCCAACGAUGACAUGGACGAAGAAAACAGCCAGGAUGGAGGCAUUCAUCCGGACUUAAUAUAUGACAGACCGUUUGACUAUAGCUCCGGUGCUGAUAUCAUGACGGUAGACCGUAUUGCCAAGUACGAAUUCUCAACCUUAGAAAGGGGGGGCCCCCAGGGUUAUCCAUUGAGGGAGCUUCAGGAAGAUAAAAUGCACUAUUUGCAGGUGCCCCCUACAAGAAGAUACUCCCACGACGAAACCGACAUGUGGACCACUGGUCAGAUCCCGUCUUACCUGCAUCGCUGGGGCUCCACAGAGGACAUCAUUGGCAUCCCACAGUACAGCUUGCCACGCCACGAGAGACGGCGGAGCAGCCCGGCAUCCUACCACGAGGAGAGCCACCCUCACCGCAAACGGAGGCGAUCCGAGGACAUGCAUUCGCUCAAGCAGAUUUCGCGUGUCGAGCAUUAUGAAGACGAUUUCAAGUGCUUCAGCCGUGAUGAAGUGAUUAAUUUCAUCGACGAGACUCCAUUGGCUAGUCCAAUGAGGAUCCCGCGUCGCGCCUCUGCGAUCUCUCUUGUCCCUGAGACGUUCGAGCAGCACAUUGUCUUGCUACCGCAUUUUCCGCUCACGCACUUCGACCGUGAGCCUCAAGCGUUGAGACGCUGCUCUGAGCGUGGCAAGGGUCCCAAGCUAAUGGAGCUACCUCAGGAUACGUCGAGAAAGGCGAAUGACAGUAGUAACAGCAGUAGUGCCGGUGGCGAGGGCAGUAAGGGAUGCCACGAUCAUAGGCGCGACGCGAAGCGCACAUCGGAGCUGGUUUCGAUGGGCCUGAGGGCAUGGACAGGGGAUAAGUCCUCUUCAAGUGUCAGGACAGGACAGGUAGAUGCACCUGCUUGUGUGGAUCAGAAGCACCUGUCCAUAGGUGAAAGCAAAGGAAGCACAAAUAGUUUUAGAAGCUCGCAAUCUGCGUUGUCAGGCUAUAACACUUUUCACUCCGAAUCCAUAGGAUCCACCAACUGAGAAACAGUUUUAUGAGUAUUAUAAUGUAGUCCUUGAUAUGGUUAUUAGUAUUAUAGCUUUGGCUAAGUGGAAUGUUUUUGUAAUCUAGGAACUGGGCUCUUGAGUCUUGAGAUGUGGUUGAUAUGAUAUGACACAAACCUUAGUCAGAGUAGAUGCCAUAUUUAAUUUGAUGUGAAUGAAAAUGAGGCUGUAAUUGAUAACAGUACAAUCACUUCAACAGGUUUUCAUUUGAACAGUUGGCAAAACGUGUCUUUCCAUAAACAUUCAAGUAGAUUUAAAACUCAGGGAAACAUGGUUGUGAAUCUAUAUCUUCAAACAGGCUACAACCCAUUGAAUGGACUGUAGCACUUCUAUUCCUCACAGCCUUGUUUUUAAUAGUGUCAAAUUUAAGAUGGCAUCUACCCUGACUAAGGUCCAUAUAGGGACAUAUUUCAUAAUUCCUUUGUGUUACUGAUAUAGUACUGUAUUGCUUUCAUUGGGAUUGAUAUGUCAGUAAAUGGUUAGCUUUGCAGAUUUCUGAUUAAUUUUAUGUAAUCUCAAAGAUCAAACAAAGGUUCUGAAUUUAAAGGGACAUUUCAUCCAAAAAUGAAAAUUCUCUCAUCAUUUUCUCACCCUCAUGCCAUUCUAGAUGUGUAAGACUUUCUUUCUUCUG